AACGCAUGACGAAAAUGUCUCCGCAAGUAAUCUUAAACCAAGCCUUCUUUUGGCUCUGUCCCCUUGCGAAAUAUAAAACAUAACCGUCAAAGCAAAACAAAAAAAAACCACUUUCUGAACACACAGAGCUUGUUUCAAUGGUGAAAGAACCUGCAACUCCGCUGCUGCUAGAGCACGUUCACUCUCAUCUAUGCCUUCUCGACGUGGCUCUUGCCUUGCUCGGGCUGUUCGUCUUCUGCUGCGUGAGAGCGAAACUGAAGAACGACGGGCCGAUGAUAUGGCCGGUUUUCGGAAUCACGCUCGAGUUCUUCCUCCAGAUGAGGGACGUGUACGGAUGGAUCACCAGAUCCUUGAAGAAAAGCGGAGGAACAUUCAGUUACCAUGGAGUUUGGGGAGGUGGGUCUUAUGGAGCGGUGACCUGUCUCCCUUGGAACAUCGAGUACAUGCUCAAGACCAACUUCAAGAACUACCCCAAGGGUAAAUUCUACAGAGAGAGGUUCAGUGAUCUUCUCGAGGACGGUAUCUUCAACGCAGAUGAUGAUUCUUGGAAGGAACAGAGACGUAUAACCAUAACCGAAAUGCAUUCGACCCGGUUCGUUGAUCAUUCUUUUCGGACGACCCAGGAUCUGAUUGCCAAGAAGCUGCUUAGGGUCAUGGAUAGUCUGGCCAUGUCUCAAGAGCCUUUCGACCUCCAAGACAUGCUUCUGCGUUUGACGUUUGACAAUAUCUGCAUCGCCGGUCUUGGCGCCGAUCCUGGAUCCUUGGCCAUUGGUCUUCCCAAUGUCCCAUUCGCGAGAGCUUUUGAAGAAGCGACCGAGUCUACGUUGUUUAGAUUCAUGAUACCGCCUUUUGUGUGGAAACCCAUGAGGUUUCUCGACAUUGGAUAUGAGAAGGGUUUAAGGAAAGCUGUCGAGACAGUGCACGAGUUUGUGGACAAGAUCGUUCAGGACAGGAUCACCAAACUCAAGGAGGACGGAACUCUGGAUAAUCAAUCUGAUUUCCUGUCGAGGGUUAUCCAGAUUGAAAGUCAGCAAAAAGGUCACGUGAAAGGCUAUUCCACCGUCCAGUUCUUCAGACAGUUCUGCACGAGUUUCAUCUUAGCAGGACGGGACACAAGCUCUGUUGCGCUCUCAUGGUUCUUCUGGGUGAUACAAGAACACCCAGAAGUCGAAAACAAGAUCAUCACCGAGAUAAGAGAGAUUUUGAGACGGCGGGAGAAUCUUCCGGUCCACGAAACUGAAAGCACUACUACCUUCACGGUCAGAGAACUGAACGACAUGGUAUAUCUACAAGCAGCAUUGUCAGAAGCCCUCAGGAUUCAUCCCCCAAUCCCGAUGGAAAUGAAAGAAGCCCUCGAAGACGAUGCUUUUCCCGAUGGCACAUUCAUCAGAAAAGGUUCACGGAUCUACUUCUCGAUCUACGCCAUGGGAAGAAUGGAAAGCAUCUGGGGUAAGGAUUGUGAACUGUUCAAACCAGAGAGGUGGAUCCAAGCUGGACAGUUUGUCGGUGAAGAUCCAUACAAGUUUGUAGUGUUCAAUGCUGGGCCAAGGCUGUGUUUAGGGAGAACAUUUGCUUACCUGCAGAUGAAAAUGGUGGCUGCUUCCAUCUUGUGGCGGUACUCGAUUAAGGUUGUUCCAGGACACGUCGUCUUCCCCAGAGUUACUACAACGUUGUACAUGAAACACGGUCUAAAGGUGACUGUCAAGCCCAGGCUGCACAAAUGAUGGACAGUUAUAUGCAGAAUCCGAGAAAAAUACUACCCACAGAUGUCAGAAAGAAGAUUUGAGCAGGAUAGGUUAAUGUUUUCAUACAAUACGCCAAUAUGAUAUUGUUGUUGAAUAGAGAAGGAACUCCUUUUUAGUUUGAUGUAAAAGUAAUGGGAAAAGAUGUCUGUCUCUGUAGUGGAACUUGCUCUCCUCCCGCCUGUGAAUCAAAUAUCUCGGAAGACACACAAAAGAACUUCUCAUGCACUUGAAAUA